AAUACGAAGAAAAAUAAAAAAAUUGCAAACAACACAAGAGGUUUUAACUAAAUAAUUAUUAAAUCUACAAAUUGUUGAACAGCAAUAACCGCAGCAAUAACAACAACAAUAAAAAGAACAACUAAACAUACAAAUCAUAGUCCGAGUUCAGCUGGAUAACAAUAAAAUAAUAAUACAAAAUUUGCCAUUAUAGGUAUUGUUGUUAUUGUUUUAGAUUAUUCAAUUUCAUAUUUUUAUUUAUUUCGAGAGUGAGUGAGUGAUUCGCUGGCUUUUUUUAGCUGGUUCCCCACUAUGGAUGUCGAAUAGUUGAAAACAGUUAUUUUCAUAGCGCAGACAAGGUGCCAAGCCAGAAAAAUAUAAUCGGUAAACGGUCGCGCACGGUAGUUAAAGAAAUUGUCAAUUCUUAAGUGAAACGGAAGAUCAUUCUCUCUACCAUCCUCUCUUUGAUUAUCUUAUAACAAAAAUAUAACUGCAACUAAAAACAUUAAAAAAGAAACCAACAACACAAGGUUAAACCUACAAGAGCAAGGCCGUUUAAAGGCAUUCUUAUUUCAAUUUUAAUUACUGGCGUGAUCAUUUUGCAAAACAUACCACAACAAUGGCCAAUAAUAAUAUAGAUACUUUAACAAAUGAAUGGGAUGAAUUAAAUCGCGAAUUUGUAGAUUUGGAGGACUGUAAUCGCAAAUAUAUUGAAUUGCUGGAACAAUUACAUUCCCAUCAACAGAAAUGUUUUAAUGAAAUUAAACAUCAACGUUAUCGCAUGAAUCAAAUAAGCGCCUCUUUAAAACAAUUCAAAAAUAUCCAAUCACCCGAAGAAAAAGAAAAAGUUGCUGAAUUACAGAAAAAUACUCUGAAACGUAAAGCACAACUUUAUGAAAUUGAACAGUCAUUACCUGCUAAAUCAGGACGUUAUCUAAGAAUAAUUUUAGGUGAUGUUAAUGUCUCCAUUCUUAAUAGAAAUGACAAAGUACGCUAUAAAGAUGAAUAUGAAAAAUUCAAAUUGAUACUUAAUGUCAUAGGUCUGUUAAUGGCAUUUGUUAAUUUGAUAUUUAAUUACAGAGCCCUCGAAUUAUCCUAUAUUUUCCUCUUAGUUUGGUACUAUUGUACCUUAACUAUACGUGAAUCAAUUUUGAAGGUAAAUGGCUCUCGCAUUAAGGGAUGGUGGCGGGCCCAUCAUUUUAUCUCCACCGUGGCCGCAGGUGUUUUAUUGGUUUGGCCUCAGGGUGAACAUUGGCAAAUGUUUAGAAAUCAAUUUAUGUACUUUAAUGCCUAUAUAAGCAUGGUCCAAUAUCUACAAUUCGGUUAUCAAAAGGGUUUGCUGUAUCGUUUAAAGGCCUUGGGUGAACGUCAUAAUAUGGACAUUACCAUUGAGGGCUUCCACUCUUGGAUGUGGCGCGGUUUAAGUUUCUUAUUGCCCUUCUUGUUCAUGGGUUAUGCCUUCCAGGCCUAUAAUGCUUGGACUUUGUAUAAAUUGUCUAUCACUCCACCAGAUGCACCAUGGCAUGUUUCUGCUUUAAGCGGUUUGUUCUUCUUGCUGUUUAUUGGCAACAUUACUACAACUCUGCUGGUGGUACCCGAAAAGAUACGUGAACGCGCCAAGGAGCGUUAUCGCUUGAUCAGUAUGGGCAAAUCAAUGAAAUUGCGCAAACAAAUGAAGAAUAGCAUGAGCGAAUCUGAAUUGUCCUCUAAACAAGCCACUACCACUACAUCACCCAUGGCCGAUUCUACCACAUCAUUGGACUCAACAACGCCCGAAGACAAGAAAAGCAACUAGUGAUAAUAAUCUAAAAACACACACACACACAAAACUAUUAAAGGAAACAAGAACUUAAGUUCCAUUAAAUUAAAUAAAACAUAAUUUAUGAAACAUACAUAAAAAAGUAACAUGCAGACUUAGAAUAUUUAUAAUAGAAACACUAACCUACCGAAAUAUGAAAUUGAAAAAUAAAAAACCAUUUAAAUUAUAAAAUAAUAAUAAUACAACAAUUUAAACACAAACAUAGUUAAACCCCUUAAACAAACCCAUAACAUUUCAAGAUAACACAACAAACACUUUAUUGUAAAGGCAUGUUUUAGAAUGAAAGAAGUAUACUUUUGUAAGAGAAUAUUACAAAAAAAAAAAAAAAAAAGCAAAAGCAAAAGCUUUAAAGUUUGAUUAAGGUUUGG